AUGACAACGACUACUUCGCCCAAUAUCAAGACUCGAUUCCUAGUAAUUUCCGACACACAUGGACUUUACAGCUUGCCGGAGUUCUUAUCAGGUCAAUAUGCAGAUGUCGCGAUUCACUGCGGGGACCUUACCACGGAAUCCAAACUUGAGGAGUACCGGGCCUCCAUCCGAUUACUUCAAGGCGUGAAUGCCCCUCUCAAACUCGUGAUAGCCGGGAACCACGACUUCACAAUGGACAUACCAGCAUUCAAGAAAAAGGUGGCAGAAGCUCAGCCAGCGCUGGACCUCGACUUGGUUGAGAAAGUAUAUGGCUGUUAUGGGGACGCUGGACGCAUCCUUGACGAAGCCUCUGGGAUUACUUUCCUAGACGAGGGUACCCACUCUUUCCGUCUAGAAAAUGGUGCGUCUUUGACUGUCUAUGCUAGUCCAUACACACCAACUCUCGGCAGCUGGGGCUUUCAAUAUAAUCCAGAUCACGGUCACGACUUUUCCAUUCACAAUGUCGAUGUCGCCAUGACACAUGGCCCGCCAAAAGGGAUCCUCGAUUAUACCUACUCUGGCGAAAGAGCAGGGUGCCCAUAUCUCUUUGGGGCGAUAAGUCGAGCCAGACCUCGGAUGCAUUGCUUUGGUCACAUUCAUGAAGGAUGGGGUGCGAAACUCGUUAGUUGGCGUCAAAAAACCAGCGAGAAGCCUUCUCACUUGACUGAUAUUGAUAAUGGAAGAUCUGUGCUCAUAGGCAAGCUCUCCACCUUGACUUCUAAGAGCUUAUCUGUCACAAGCCACUGCUCCGGGGACUCAACCCAGCUGGAAUAUGGGUCUCAAACGCUUUUCGUUAAUGCUUCAAUCGAAGGAGCGGGAGAUCUUCCGGUACAACCACCGUGGCUCGUUAAGCUUGAGCUUCCACUUGCAAGCGAACUAGAAAAUCAAUAA